AUGAAGCUCUACCUCGCUGCUCUCGCGCUCGCGGCUGUCAGCGCCAACACGCAGUCUCUCUCCACCGUCGUGGCUCCUUGCGGCACCUCCUGCCCUUCAGCUGCGCCAGACAAAAUGAUCACUCGCAGCGCACCGCCCAUGGCGACCUCACCUUGCCCAUCCCUCCUCGUCAGCAGUGUCGCGAUGAAUGCAACAAGCGGCGUGACCACCGGUUCACCCACACCAACCCAUUUCGCUGGAGGAGCCAACCACAUUGCUGGAUCUUUUGGAGGAGUUGCUCUUGCCGCUGCGGCCCUCGCUUUCGCACUGUGA